CAAAGCGAGCGCACACACAGACUGUGACGGGCCGUGAUGCUGCGCUGUUUGAGGAUAAAUGACUUCAGUUGGUGCUGUGAGGCUUUAAAGCAUGAGGCUGCGGACAGAGAGCAGGGAGCUCAAACACACUUACACACACACACACCCACUGUCUGUGGAUGCACAACAGGCUGCACACUGUGAAUGACUGGAUCUGUUUUGGGGAAUAAUAACAAAAUAUUUUUGGGAUGGUUAAGAUGUAGCCUUUUUAUUCAGCUCACGGAGAAACACGUUGAUGUUUUCUGAUAAUUAAAUAUUAUUUUUGAUAAAAAACGUGAAGACUGCUAGUUUUCUCGAUGAACCACGGACAUAAGCAGUCCACCUGCAGGAUCCCCAUCAUGGAUGUGACACUGGAGGGGAUUAACACAGCGACUCCAAGAGCUCUGCUACUGGCAUGUGUGACUCUGCUGGUCUCCCUCCACCUGUGGCGGUGGCUCCGGAACCGGUCGAUGCGCUGCCCGCCCGGUCCCAUCGCCUGGCCGGUCAUCGGGAACGCUGCGCAACUUGGCAAAUCACCGCACUUGUAUUUUACGCGCAUGGCGAAGAAAUACGGCAAAGUGUUCCAGAUUAAACUCGGCUCUCGGACCGUGGUGGUGCUGAACGGGGACUCCAUCAGACAGGCGCUGGUCAAGCAGGGACCCGAAUUUGCAGGCAGACCGGACUUCACCUCCUUCCAGUACGUCUCCAACGGGAACGGCCUCGCGUUUAACACCUUCACGGACUGGUGGAAGACGCACCGCAAAGUGGCCCAGUCCACCGUCCGGAUGUUUUCCAACGGGAACCUGCAGACCAAAAAGACAUUUGAGCACCACGUCGUCUGUGAGGUCAGGCAGCUGCUGCAGCUGCUGGUGGAGAGAACGAAGGCGCAGCAGUAUUUCCAGCCCAUGACAUAUCUGGUGGUGUCCACGGCCAAUAUAAUGAGCGCGCUGUGCUUUGGGAAGAGGUACUCCUAUGAGGACGAGGAGUUUCGGCAGGUGGUGGGCAGGAACGACCAGUUCACCCAGACAGUGGGGGCAGGGAGCAUGGUGGACGUGAUGCCCUGGCUCCAGUACUUCCCAAACCCCAUCAAAACCAUAUUUGACAACUUCAAGGAGCUCAACCAGGAGUUUGGCAUUUUCAUCCGGGAUAAAGUAAUUGAACACAGGAAAACCAUCCAGUCGAGCACCAUCAGGGAUAUGACUGAUGCUUUAAUUGUGGCUCUGGACCAGCUGAGCGAUAAAACAGGGCUCUCAUUGGGGAAGGACUAUGUGAUCUCCACUGUUGGGGAUGUAUUUGGAGCAAGCCAAGACACACUGUCAACUGCACUGCAGUGGAUCAUCCUCAUACUCGUCAAGUUUCCUGAGAUGCAGACGCGUCUCCAGCAAGAGGUGGACAAGGUGGUGGACCGCAGCCGACUCCCCUCCCUCGAGGAUCAGCCUCAGCUGCCUUUCGUCAUGGCCUUCAUCUACGAGGUGAUGCGCUACACGAGCUUCACGCCGCUCACCAUCCCCCACUCCACCACCACGGACACCACCAUCAUGGGCUACGACAUCCCGAAGAACACGGUCAUCUUCAUCAACCAGUGGUCCAUCAACCACGACCCACUGCUGUGGUCCCAUCCGGAGACCUUUGACCCCGAGCGGUUCCUGGACCAGAACGGUGCGCUGAACAAGGACCUGACCAGCAACGUGCUCCUCUUCUCCCUGGGCAAGCGGCGGUGCAUCGGCGAGGAGCUGUCCAAGCUGCAGCUGUUCCUCUUCACGGCCCUCAUCGCCCACCAGUGCCACAUCACCAUGGACCCAGCCAGGCCCCCGACACUCAACUACACCUACGGUCUGACUCUGAAACCUCACACUUUCCACAUAGCUCUAUCUCUGCGUGAAGAUAUGAGGCUGCUAGACGAGGCUGCCAAGCAGUCCCCCACGAAGGACUCAUAAACAGAAACUCAUCAAUAAAAUCAAAACUGUGAUAAGCAAAAAAACAGACUGAAACACAAAAAGACUUAUAAACUAUAGCUCAUGUUUGUGGGCUGAAAACUAUAUUUAUAAGCUGAAAUCUCAGGCCAAACUUUCAUCACUGACUCAUUCUCAAGUGUUAUAGUGCCAGGCAGGAGCAGAUGUUGCAUCUGUCUCACAGGGAAACGGCUCACACACCUGGGACGAAUCUCUCUUACAACAUCAAACACAGUCUGACAUACCACUUAGCAAUUAGCAUCUCCUUUUGAUUCUUUAAAGGCGGAGGGACUGCAGUCAGCUGCACAUCACUGGAGAUCCGCUUCGACCAGGACUGUGGUCACAGGAGGUCUGAAGAGCUGCUGUAACACAGCUUUGUGAUUCUGGUGUGAAAGCGGCCAGAGUUUAUUGAAAAGUAGAAAUCCUGAAGCUUACAGGGACAGCAUCCGGUAGCGUUUUCAUGCUUUCUAUUAACAUUGUUGCUGUCAGCUCUUCAGGAAUCUCUUAAAGGACCAGUGUGUGGGAUUUAGUGGCAUCUGUAGUUGAGCAGAUUGUAACUCACUCCCUUCACCCUCCCUUUGAGGGAGGAACUGGAGGAGAAACUAUGGUGGCUGUGAAACUCACAGAAAACCCGAACAAGAGCCAAUUUUUUGGUUUAUCUGUUCUGGUAGAAAAAUGAGGAAGAACACACAGCCGGCCACCAGGCAGCGCCUGUAGAUAAAAACAGCUCAUUCUACGGUAACAAAAACACAACAAUGCUUAUAUUCAGGUGAUUAUACACUAAUGAAAACAUACCUAAGAAUAUAAUACUCAGUUUCUGCCAACAGAUCCUCCUAAAUGUUACACACUAGACCUUUUCUUUUUCCCCACAAGGGCUCAAUAACCCUUUCUAAUGCAACAUCAAACUUCUAUGUGAUACUUAAAGAUAAACAAUUAAAAACUGAAGUUAUGAGAUUGUAUGUGACACCAGAGUCCUGCCUGAAGAGGAGAAUAAGCUUAUCCAUCUAAUGCCUGCUAAAAUAAAAUGUUCAGUCAGUACUAACAUGUAGUUUGUGAUGUAUAGUGUAAGAGCUUAGUUACUCAGGAAUAAGGCCUAUGAUAUGCCAAAUACUAUUUGAAUUAGCUGUUAAAAGUCGUCUAAUAUAUUCAGAAACCUACUGUAGAGGAGCGCAGACAUCAAAUAGACAGUCUGUGAACUGCUGUCCGAUGCACGCAUGAAAAGACGAACAUUAGAUCAGUGUUAUUUAGUCACUUUUUAUUUUGUGAACCACAAAUGUUUUGUUAAAGUUUGAAUGUUGUAGAAUGCUGCUGCACCCUGUCAGUUAAUGUCCAUGCUCAAGAUGCCAGUAACCAAGUGAUUCCUUCUUUGUGUCGUUUUUAUUCACAGUAAUGUUGUCAGAGUUCGUGUUGGGACACUGAGGGGUGAUUUAUUGUUUUUGUCUCAGCAUGGGAGACUAAUGCACUGAUUGUAAAGUCUUGGAUUUGAGCAUUUGUUGGAUUCAUGCAGAAGCGAUUUGAAAAUAACGUAAUCCAGGUUAAUCUUUUGAAUAACAGACGACCUUCUAACGGGACCUGGUGAAAGUUUUUUUGUAUGUAACAACCCUGAUGUACACCUUUCUAAAGACGACGUAGAAGACAGUCCAGGAUGGAAGUAAAUGUUUUAUGUUCCCUCAGUGAUCCAAAUGAUAAAAUAUUAACUUUAACAUGCUGGCUUUGUCAUAUAUUUACAUACAUAUCAUGUAUCACACACACACACACACACACACACACACACGCUGUGAUCCACAGUGCAUGAGAA